GUCUCUUGAGGCAAGCUUUAUCUGCAUAUUGCCAUGGCUCGUACUAAACAGACUGCUCGCAAGUCCACGGGCGGCAAAGCGCCACGCAAGCAGUUGGCUACCAAGGCUGCUCGCAAGAGCGCGCCGGCCACCGGCGGCGUGAAAAAGCCUCACCGUUACCGCCCGGGCACUGUGGCGCUGCGGGAGAUCCGUCGCUACCAGAAGUCGACCGAGCUGCUGAUCCGGAAGCUGCCGUUCCAGCGCCUAGUGCGAGAAAUCGCCCAGGACUUUAAGACCGACCUUCGCUUCCAGAGCUCAGCGGUGAUGGCACUGCAAGAGGCUUGCGAGGCCUACUUGGUAGGGCUCUUUGAGGACACAAACCUUUGCGCCAUUCAUGCCAAGCGGGUGACUAUUAUGCCCAAGGAUAUACAGCUUGCUCGCCGCAUUCGCGGAGAGAGAGCGUAAACCUAGUUACAUUUUGAUCAGUCUUAAAACCCAAAAACCCAAAGGCUCUUUUCAGAGCCACCGAAUUAUUCCAACGAAAGUAGCUGUGAUAACUACGUUUUUGUUAAUGAUCUUGACAACACCAAACUAAGGACCCCCAGAAAGCAUUAGACUAUGCUCUUAAGUUCUUUAACAGAAAUGUAGUUUAGCCAGUUCUGCAGUGUAGACUAUUUGAGAUUCUUACGUGUUAUUUGGGGAGGAGAAGCUGUAUAAGUCCACCUGUCCAUCAUUCAGGCCUCUAGCUUGCUAUGAUUGGCAUUUUUUAAAACUUUCUAAGGCUAAGAAUAUAAGGGAAGAACCAGGCAAGUGGUUAACUGGCACUUCCUAGGCUCUUUUGUGAAGCUUUGAAAAGAUUGAAAAGUUGUGUCUUGCGACUUCCAAUGCCUUCCUCAAAAUGCUUAGAAGAAUUUUCUCAGCUCAAUACAUAGUCUCCUAGGUUUUCUCAUAUAUGUGUAUAUAUAUUUUUUAAUUCAUUUGGCUGUCCACAUUAACCUGAAAGUUACUCUGGUGCAAAAUGUGAGGCAGGGAUCUAACUGGCUCUCAUCCAUAGCUAGCUACCAACUUUUCAUCUGUCAAUCUGUCGACCAAGCAUAAUUUUAUCCCUUAUAUAUUAAUUAUUUUAUAUGUGUAGCUUUGCUUGUAAAUAGUCUAGCUGGUUGCAUUGCUUUCUCUCCUCUAGGACUAUGCACAAUGACAUGCCACAUUUGUUUUCCCACUACUUGUUGCCUGUAGUUAUCUAUUAAAAUCUAGAAUUUACAAAUUUUAA